UCUUUUCUUAAGAGUCCUGAUAUGGUAUAUACUUAUUGUCAAUAUAUUCGUAUCCUUAUCUUCUUCUAUUUCUUCUUUUUCGGUUACAGACUUACAGUAGGAAAUCGUUAUCUUUUAAAAUUCAAAUACAAGCUGUUAUAUAUAUAUAUAUAUAUAUAUAUAUAUAUAUAUAUAUUUGGGAGGCAUCAACGCCACGUUAUCAAAUUACAUCAAGAGAAAAUCUUCUUCAAACUCGUCAAGCUUGAUUAAACUCCUAUAAGUAAGCGACUCCUUUUUUUAUCUCUCAAUUAUACUACUGAAGUUCCACGGAGUACUGCUGCUCUUGGUAAAGAGAUACAUACUCCAGUGAUAAAGAAGAAGCACUGCUGCACUAACAGAGAAUUACAAAUGGUGAAUAUGAGGGGGAAAAGUGGCGGUGAUGCUGCAGUAACAACGAGGAUGAUUGUAAUGACGGUGAUGAUGGUAUGCUCAUUCAUAUCACCACAACCGAUGUUAAUGGGUGUUUAUGCUUCACCGAUAACAAGAAUGAUGGUGGCAGAUACCAAAGAGCAACAGAGACGAAAUCUGCUUGCUAAUGGGCUUGGAGUGACUCCUCCCAUGGGGUGGAAUAGUUGGAAUCACUUCAACUGCAAAAUUGAUGAGAAAAUCAUCAAAGCAACUGCUGAUGCUCUGAUUUCCACUGGUCUCUCUAAACUUGGAUAUACCUAUGUUAACAUAGAUGAUUGUUGGGCUGAAGUAGCUCGUGAUGACAAGGGUAAUCUAGUGCCCAAGAAAUCCACAUUUCCAUCUGGCAUCAAAGCUCUUGCGGAUUAUGUGCACAGCAAGGGACUAAAGCUAGGAAUUUACUCAGAUGCAGGGUACUUUACUUGCAGCAAAACCAUGCCUGGUUCACUUGGUCACGAGGAACAAGAUGCCAAAAUUUUUGCUGCUUGGGGUAUUGAUUAUUUGAAGUAUGACAACUGUAAUACUGAUGGCUCCAAACCAACUGUUAGAUAUCCUGUCAUGACCCGAGCACUGAUGAAAGCAGACCAUCCCAUAUUCUUUUCUCUGUGUGAAUGGGGAGAUUUGCAUCCUGCUUUAUGGGGUGCUAAAGUCGGAAACAGCUGGAGAACUACUAAUGACAUUUCUGAUACAUGGGAAAGUAUGGUCUCCAGAGCAGACAUGAAUGAAGUUUAUGCUGAAUAUGCCAGACCUGGUGGUUGGAAUGAUCCCGACAUGCUUGAGGUGGGAAAUGGAGGAAUGACAAAGGAUGAAUAUUUAGUCCAUUUUAGCAUAUGGGCCAUAUCUAAGGCUCCCCUUCUUAUUGGUUGUGAUGUGAGGAAUAUGACAAAAGAGACUAUGGAGAUCAUCGCAAAUAAAGAGGUUAUCUCUGUCAACCAAGAUCCACUUGGUGUCCAAGCUAAAAAGGUUAGAAUGGAAGGGGAUCUUGAGGUUUGGGCUGGGCCCCUUUCAGGCUACAGAGUUGCCUUACUCCUUGUCAACCGAGGCCCGUGGCGAACAUCUAUUACAGCCCACUGGGAUGACAUUGGUAUCCCCCCAAACAGUGUUGUUGAAGCAAGAGAUCUUUGGGAGCACAAGACACUGAAGAAACGAUUUGUUGGAAACUUGACAGCCACCAUGGACUCCCAUGCAUGCAAAAUGUAUGUGCUGAAGCCAAUCUCUUAGCCUUGCACCGUUGCACGAGUGUUGUACUGUUUCGCAAUUGGCAUGUCAUUAAAACUUGACUUGCAAUAACAAUGCGGAUGGUUAUCCAAAAUAAUAAUGAUAAUAAUAAUGACAAUGUGGAUUUAUUUUAUUUUA